AUGUGACCCCAACCCCGCCUCCCUCCGCACCCCGCGAUGCCAACGACCACAAAGUCUCGAGAUAGCAAAUUGGCAGCAGCCAAAAAAAAGUUAAAAGAAUAUCAGAUGAGGAAGAGAUCUGGUGUUCUCGAAGGAGCGAAAAGAAAAUUGAACACAAAUGCCAGUAACCCUGAGUCAGCCGCCUAUAGUGGUUGCCAGUCACCUGGGGAUCCAGAAACAGGUAUGCACGCAGAGGGCCCUGUGUCAUGUACUGCUGCGAAAGAUAUGGAGAGGCACUACCAAGAAACAGCAGUAACCCUGGACUUGAGCUCCAGAACAAUCGGUCAACUGAAUGACACCAUUCAGUUAUUGGUAAGAGUCCACUGGGGUCCCCUGAUUCCACACUGCCAAUCCUGGGCUCCAUUUUCCCCUUGGGGCCCCGAGAAAAGGGGCUGUGGGACCCUGGUGCCAAGGGCAAAUGGGGAGCUGGGGCACCCAGGCCUCACCUGGAGGGACCCAGAACAGGGACAUGCAGCAUGGCUCUUCUGUUGCUGCCCUUUUUGCCGACUCUCUCUUCUCCAGACUCACCCCUGCUCAGGUCCUUGCCACACAUGCCCUGGGGCUGUCACCUCUCAGGGAAGUGCUAACCUGACUGGUGGUCAGGGGCCCUGUAUUCCUGCUGUGACUCAGUCCCUAAUUUGCUAUUUGACUCUGAACAAGCCACCUCUCCUCCUCGGGCUCGUGUUUCCACAGGAGGUCAAGAGUCUCAGAGGUCUCUCAGAAGGAAGGCCUGGAACAACAGCUGAGAGAAGAAAGGAAAAUGCAAAGGGAGCAGUUAGAGGUGAGUGGAGGGUGAAGUGUUCUCCUAUCCUUCGGAGAAUGCUUCUUUCCUUCUCUUUCAGCACUUGCUUGGCUUUUCUACCAAAGGGUCACAUCCAGACAAUCAACAUCCUCACGUCUGAGAACGGGCAGUUGAAAACUGCCCUAUACCACACGGUCCAUGCCGCCAGGCACUUUGAAGAAGAGUUGAAUAAAUUGGCCGGCUGCCACCAGAAGGCCUUGCAGCAGAGAGGGGAGUUGGAGCGGACUCUCUCUGCUGUCUCUGCCCAGCAGGACAAGGCGGACAGGGUGAGUCCAACCACCUGCCCCAUCCCCUGGCAGCCUGGCUUCCCAGAUGGAGUGAGCCUAAAGGUGCCUUCUGCAGGAUGGAGUGUCUGCCCAGAAGGCAGCAUGGCCAUUUCUCACUGCUUUUGUGUGUGGUUGUUAGAGGCAGCCUGGGGACAAGUCAGCUGCUGUGGAGUCCUCAGUGGGGAAUUGGGUACUUGUACUGUGAAGUCCUUACACCACUGUGAAGCAGUCCUCGAGCAGUCACAGCACUCCAGAAAGGAGCUGGCACUGCUAAAAGCACACAUGACACAGAUGACGGCAUCACUUCACCAAGUGCAGCUCGAGAGGGAGUAUUGUCAACUUCUUAAAGGAGAGAGGUUCCGGUGGCAGCAGGGGAUGCGGAAAAUAUCACAGGAGGUUCUCACAUUGAAGCUUGAGAAGAUGCAGGAUGCACAUCGCAUGCAGGAGCUGGAAAGGAGCCUUGCCCACCUCAGGAACCAGCUGGCUGAAGCCCCACGUCCCAGUAGGGCCCUCGGUGGUAGAACAACAGCUAAAAUUGAGACCAACCUCCUGAGGAAAAAUCUGGAGAGUUUGACAGAGCAGCUGCAAGCUCAGGUGAAAAACAAUGAGAACUUGAAUUGCCUGAGCUCUGAGCAGAAAAAACGGCUGUGGCAGCAGGAGGAGUCAUUGCAGGAGCAGAGAGAGAGGAUGCGGCUGCAGGAGGAGGAGCUGGAGCACCUGGAAGCUGCCACCCAGGAGAACCAGCAGCCACAGGACCAGCUGGGCCUCAUGACUCUUCCUGGGGAAGGAGGAGGAGGAGGAGAUGGAGGAGGACAUCUGGACAGUGAGGAGGAGGAGGUGCCUCGGCCCAGCAUUGCAGAGGCCCUGGAGAGCCGAGAGGCCAUGGUUGCAUUUGUCAACUUGGCUGGGGCCGGUGCCCAGGAGGAGCAGGAACAACUGUGUGUGCAGCCUCAGGAACAAAGGGUGUGCUACCAGCACCUGGCUCACCCGGUGGCCUCGGUGCAGGAGCCAGAGGCAGUGGCCCCAGCCCCCGCCCCAGCCUCAGGGACUGAGAGUGAGUCUUUGUGUGUGGAGACCAAUCAGGCACUGCAGGGAGCCAUAGAGAAGCUGCAGAGCGGCUUUAUGACCCUCCAAAAGGAGAAGGUGGACCUGAAGGAGAGGGUGGAGAAACUAGAGCUUCUAUUCAUCAGGCUCUCUGGAGAGACAGACACGAUGAGUGAGCGGGAGGCCAGGGCAUGGCAGGGGGAGCUGCAGGGUGGUCAGAGGGUCCCCAGAGGAGGUGGAAAAACGGGAGAUAAAGGGAAGGCGAGCAGCAUCUCUGCGGGGGUGAGGGGGUUGGGAGUGGGCAUGAGCAUGGGUGCUGGCACCAGCAUGGCAGUUGAGCACCCCUCUCUCCAGCUGGAGCAGCAGGAGCCGGUGUUUCCAAUUCUGGGUGACAACGAGGGCCAUGCCAAAUUCCUGGCCACGGCCAAGAACCACGUUGACGAGCCCGCUCCAGGGGCCCCAGCCCCCCAGGAGCUUGAGACUGUCAACAAGCAGGGCGAUCUUUAUGAGGUGAGCCUUGCAGAUAGCAUGGAGCCUGCAAGAGAUGCCAGGGAGGGUUCUCCCCAGGGCAACCCCACUGUAGGAAACAUCGAGCAGCCGGUUUGUGAAAGGAAGACCUUCCUGGAGCACCCAGGCUUGGGCAGCAACUCCUGCGUGCCAUUCUUUUACCAGGCUGCCAAGAACGGGGAGAUCAGCAUCACCAUUGUCUAAGAGCUGGGCAAGAAUUUUUUUUUUUUUUUUUAAUUAGGCAAAGAACUUUAUCAACCUUGGUUUCAAACUUGAUUCCCAGGCUUCUUCGGCUUAAUUAGCUGCAAAUAAUGAAUUGCGUAUAAGCAAAAAACUGAAAACAGCUGCAGUGUCCAAGGGGUUUGGGCUUAAAAAUAUUAGAGAUCUAGAUUUUAUCAGAUCCAUAAACAAAAAAUUCUUAAAAAGCAGUCAUAAUAUAAAGGAGCAGCUCCCAGUAACUUCUUCAAGAAAUUUAAAAACCAAAACAAAGUUAUGGGGUUAAUCUACACAAUUCAUUAACUUUAUUUGGCCGUUAGAGCCACUCAUGAUUAUUUGUGUUUCUAAUUUAUAAACUUAUUUGUAAAAAGUUAAAGUAGAGUUGGUCUUUGUGUGGCUUUCUCUGAUACGCACUCUGGCAUUCUUUAGCAUUUUUCUGUUUCGGUAAUUGUAGGUCAAUAGCAGGCAUAUCGAGUUUGGCCUUAUGUGGUGGGAGUUCAAACACACAAAGACCCACCCUUUGCACCAAACUCUUUUUGCUGGUUUGGAGUAGGAUGCCAUGCUUUUUCAAUGUUAUUGCGGCAUGUAUACUUAUUACGGAAUUCAGAUACAAUUUAUGUUCUGCUAUCAUAGUUGAUCACAUCCUAAUCACAGUGAGCUCUUGGUCAGCUCAGUAUGUGGUCUGCCCUCAAGUGUGCAGUUUGUUACUUGGUAAGAUGCCACUAUGAGUGCUGACAUUUAGAGUUGCUGAAAGGCCGAGAACUGGAAACAGCCUUUCCCCUGUUUUCAGUGUCUUUGGGAUGGGAGUAAUAACAUUUUGCAGAGCUUUUUAAAUCUCACAGAAGAAAGUGGGCUGCUCUGGCAGGUAUGUGCAGAAUAAUAGAGUAAGUGUCAUUGGUUCACAAGCCAAGAAUGAGCACUGUACUAUGGUAGUUCCCUUAGGAUUUUUCUGUGCUCUGGGCUCAUGAAGAUAUUGCAUCAUGAGCUGCAGCAGCUGUACUCAUUUCCAAUGACCUAAAAAGGAUGAUUUCUGAGGAAUCAAAGGCUCCUAUCAUUGACUGUGGAUGUGAAAAACCUUUCCUAGUUUAGAGUAUUUAUAUCUAUAAUAUAUUUUAAAGUCAGAGUUCACGUUACCUGUUUUAACCACAUAACCACAUGUCCCAGUACACAAAAGGGCACUGGUUGGCAUUCUUAAUGUAUUUAAUAAAGAUCAUAAGAAAUCCUUUAAGAGAUGGGGAUGGUCUAGUAAGUAGCGGUCUUCCGUACCUUCCCCAGGGAGAGUUACUAGACCAUCUAGUAACUUUAAGAGUUUAAAUGUCCCUGAAACAGGCAUAUGAGUUUUUGUCAAGAAUGAAUUAGAGUGAAGGAAAGCUGAGUGACACCUGUGUUUAUGAAGCUUCUUUGAGGCUAGAAGAUUGAUUUGACCAUCCAGACUUCUCUGGCUAAUACCUAUUCCUCAAGUAACCACAUUGGUUACUCUGACACAGGAAUUUACUUCUUUUUCUUGAAUAAAAAAACACUUUAAAAAAGAAUCACAGACAUUAUUAUAAACUAAUAUACGUGAGAGUACUUAGUUGAAACAAAAAGGAGUUUCAGUAGACAGUAUACUAUAUUUGAACGUCAAGGAGAAGUUUAUGCAACUUACGUUUACGAGCUGCAAUGCAAUCUACUGUUUGUGAACGUCAAACUAUUAUCAGGAAAAGUGUCUAUGCAAUCACAGAGUUCUGUCUCCCACCAAAUUCUUUACGAAGAGUGAAGUAUGUUUUUCUAUCUCUUGGUUUCAGUUAGUGGCAUAUUUUGUGCAAUAUUUAUGGUAAUGUGCCUAUACAUUAUGAAUGAAUUAUUUCAGUCAUACGUAUCCUAACUCAUAACAUUGUGAUGCUUGAGAAAGAAUCAACAGUUGAAACUUCAUGAAGUUAUAAUAUCUUUGUUCCAAAAUAAGUCCCAUGAUUAGGAUGUAGGGAGAUACGUAUGUGUGCUCCCUGGGUGGGGAUUUCUAGUUACUAGGCCAUCUCCAUUUUUAGCAUUUGGCCUCCUCAUGAUACUUUUAUAAAUAUGACAUUAAUAACAGAACAAUAAUAUGAUUGUACAGAUGGAAUAACAGAUUUCCCUGCAUUCACUGAAAGAGUGCAAAUAUUGGGUCCUGAUGACUUCAACUGACUCUUCCAAAUUGUAUGAAUUUAACAGUGUAUCAGAUAAACCCAGUUUCAGUAUUAUCAAGAAAAAAUGUUAGACCAAAUAAUGUGGCUAAUGAGCAGUGGUACAAUUUCUAGCCUGAGGUUUAAAAUGGACUUAAAAGUACUGUCUUUAAACUGAACUCAAAGAAUGCAAAAGUGGCAAGUUCAGAAAAGAAAGGGUAAGAACAGAAUUUUACGUCCAUUUUGAAAUCUCGGGCUAGAAAUCGUACCACUUUUAAUUAGCCACAUUAUUUGGUGCAGGCCAGGGACCUGCCUUCAGUCACAGACCAGCAGCUAUGAUGGCACCUGGGAGGGAGGGAAGGAAGCCGUGUGUUCUGCCUGGCCUGUGAGGUGUGUUGUGGGAUGACUGUGUGUAUGGGACUCUCCAGCUUUUACCCGAGAUCCACUGGAUUAUUACCAGCAGAUAGAGGAGAUGGGACCCUGACUAUCACCUGUUCUGCAGUGGAUCUGGCUCUCGGCUCUCCUAGGCUGGGAGCUGGAUGCCCUGCGCUGGCAGCAUGACUCAGAAUGCACGACAGGCACAGCAUGCCCAGGAUGACAUUCCUAGGCCUCUGGCCCCCUUAGAGUCCAGCCCCCUCCAAGCUCCCAGCCCCGACACCAUAAACCACAAGCUGUCUGCCCACUGUGAUGGCCAAGGGGAGCACCCACGUCUGCCAGUUUGAGCAUGUAGCCUGUUCCAAAAGCCCCAGGCUCAGCCAUGGAGGCCUUGGGCAGUGGCACUGAGUCCCGAGGCUCACAAAGAAGGGAGGUGAGAGAGACAGCAGCAUGAGGACAGAAAAAGGAAAGAGAAAGUCUGCAGCUCCAGAAGGCAGGGACGGGGAGCCUGGCUCUUAGGUCCCAGGUUUGCCCCCUGUUGGAGCUGGUGCAGCGGGGCAGGCACACCAUUCAUGCAGCAGGCGGUGAGGCGUGUGCCUACCAUGGCUGAUGCUCCUCAGAGGUCACUGAUAAUGAUGACAGCAUGAAAAGACAGCAUGAAACCAACAUGGCAGCUCCCACGCAUGGGUGGGGCAGGCCUGGAGGGGACACAUGCAAACAUCCAGGUGUGCACACAUGCGCUGUGAGGCCCCAUGGCCUGCAUGCACACACUAACACACAUGCCCACAAACACCACAAACAACACACCUCCUUCCCCUCCACCUCCUGAUGCCCAGCACCCUCACUGGCCGGCAUAUGCAACAUGGGUCUGGGGCAUGCAGCUACUCGGCACGCUGAAGCACAUGGGUGGUCAGAGUCACAACACAGAAGCACACCCGCACACAGAGGCAUUUGCACCAGCUGACUGCCCACGUGUGCCUGGCAUGCUCAGAGGACCACUCAUGCUGCUCAUGGAGACAGGACUUGCUUGCUAAUGUCCAGCUGUCAUUUCUCCACCUACAAGCCUUCCAUGGCUCUCUACUACCUACAGGAUAGAGCCCCAACAAGUCAAACUCUGGACUUUGAAGGUUCACCCUAGGCCUCACCCUCCCCAUAGAGCUCUUCCCCAUUCUGUCUCUGUUCCCUGCUUUGUUCAGUGGCUGUCCUCUAUGCGGCCCACACUACACCUCUGCCCACACUAUAGCUCUUUACCCAGAUACCCUCCAAUUCCUUGCCAUGUAAGCCUAUCUCAGUCAUGCCCCAGACAGCAGAGAAGUCAGGCUGCCUUGAAGAAACUCUCCCAGACUGCUCUUUUCCCCAAGGCAGGGCCAUGAUGUGCAAAACAUUUCAUGUGUGUUACCAAGACUGGAGUCGGGGCAGGCAUCAAACCUUACAUCCCAUAUGUCACACCUCACCAUAGACCUGGGCGCCAAAAACUCUGAAGAGUCUGAACUCACGUUGGCAGUUAGCAAAGUGCUCAUAUGGCCACAUCUGCUGUUAACACAGCAUCCCUAUGGCCACUGUCUCCCUUGAUCUUCGUAACCAUCCUGGGAGAAAGGCAGAACAUCAUCAUUUUGAUAGAAGAGAUGCUGAGGCUCUGGGAGGGAAAGGGAUUUGCUUAAAGGCCCAGGGUGAGGCAGCAUCUCUGGACUCCCAGUGCAGUGCUCUUGCCCAAUACUAUGCUGCUGGCCUCUACCCAUCUAUGUUGGACGUCAGCAUGUCCUAGGGCAAGCCCCAAUCCCUCCCUUAUUUUGGUUAUAUGGGCGCUGGACCCACAGCCCCACCCUCCAGCCAUUUGGAAACAAAAACAGAUGCCAUUGGUCUUCCAUAGAGAAUGUGGCCAGUGGAAACAGGGCACACUGGGAAUCCGAGUGAACAUCCUUGAAAGAGGGCCAUGGGUCAACAGGGCCAAGCCAAAGGGUGCAGUAGAAUGCUUUUCCUUAGAAAUCUUUGGGAGUGAAGAAGGCUUCAGCCACUCCCAUCUCUGCCCCUGCAGCCACCCCUACCACAUCAGUGUAGACCGGGUGCGGGGGGGCAGAGGUGGUGAAGUGGAGGAAAAAAAUCAGAUUGCCUAUGGCCCCCAGGCUCCUUCCCCAGCUGCUUCUGUUCCAGCCCAGGACUGGGUGCCAUUCUUACACUCUCACACUCGUGCACAGACACACACACACACACAUCACACACCUUUUUGGUCACACAGUCACAGCCUGCCCUCUGCUCCUGUGGGCCAGUGGCAGAAAUCCACUGGGAGGGCUCAAAGGAGUCAGGACUUGGAAAUGCGGACAUCAGCAUAGCUGAAAGAAAUCCACACCCCUAGAGCAGACUGGGGUUCAGACUCUCAGGCCUGAGGAAGGCUCCCUGAGGAUAGAAUGGAGGAUGGAGGACAGCAAGAAGAAGAAAGGAGGAGGAAUGCAGCCAGCACUCCAUGACAGGUCCCACCAGCCUUGUGACUUGAUUUCUAAGCCUGUUUCUUUCCCUGCAAAGCAGCAGGGAAAUCCAACAGGGAUGUUUUAAGACAGAU